AUGGUGGAUCUCGCGCUCGCGUUGGCCGAAGAGCGCCACGUCAGCGAGGCGCUGAAGGUCGCGAAGCGCGCGCUGAAAGCCGGCGGCGGACAGUGGCUGCUGACGUGGCAGCUGCUUGCGCUGCUGCUGACGUGUCAGCAGCGAUUCAAGGACGCGGAAGACAUGUGCCGCGUGGGGGAAGCCGCCAUGAAGAAAGCGGGGGGCGCGGGGGGCGCAGGGGGAGGGGGAGCGGAUGGGGGGGAGAAAGGGGAGGGCGCAAGGGCAGCGCUGCUGGUGCUGCACGCUAAGGUGCACCUAGCAAGCGUUGGUGAGGCUGUGGAGAGCUUGAAACAAGCCAUGGCUGCUGUACAGUCACGACAGAAGCGAGGCGAUAUGGGCGGCUCAGUGACAGAGGCGGUGGUGUGGCAGGGCCUGGCGGAGGCGUAUCUGGCCGGCGGGCGGGCGGCGGAUGCCGACCUCUGUGUGGCCAAGUGUCAGACGCUGGACCCGUACUCUGCUGACACGUGGAUGGUGGCAGGCAUGCUAGAAGAGGCGAGAGGCUGCACCGAGGAGGCCCUUGCCUGCUACCGCAGUGCCCUGGCCAUUGACCAAUGGCACGCUGCCAGCAAGGCGCGGCUGGGAGCUCUGCUGCUGCGGAUGGGCGGGGAGUGGCUUCACAUGGCGCAGGUGUACCUGAGGGAGGUGGUAUCUGGUGAUGGGUUUGAUGCGCGUGCGUGGCAUGUGCUAGGAUUGGUGGAGAGGGGGCGGGGGGAUGUGGGUGCUGCUGCAGAGUGUUUCAGGCGAGCUAUGGAGGCAGAGGAAACGGCUCCUGCUGUGCCGUUUAAUACUCUUAGACCGAUCCUGCCGCAACUGCUGCUGUAA